AUGGACGACUUUCCAUGGGAUCAGGUGAAAUCCGGAGAUCUCGAGAGCCUGCGGGUCGAGCUCUUCUCCAGUUCGACUUCGCGCAGAACUCGCGCUCUCAGUGAUCUCCGCGAGAAAAUCGGGUCCGAUUUACCGGAGAAUGCCCGCCAGCCUCUUCUAGAGCUGCUUCUACAGACAAUUCCGCGAUACAUUGACCGAGCGUCUCGUCAAGCCACCCAGCUGUGUCUCCGUUCUCUACUCAAGACACCCAUUCCAACCGACGAUCUUAAAUACUUGGUCACAGAAUUACAAUCAGAGGCUUCCAAAUCUAGCCUUGAUGCAGGAUCAGUAUUAGUUUUACUAGAAUGGUGCUCCAUAUUGCUCCAGAUUCUGAAAAGUGACAGCGAAACCCCGCUUUCCGUCGUGUUGGAUACAAUUACGUUGGAUGCACGGGCUCUGGAAACUUGCCUGGCCGCUCACCCUAAACCGGCAGUAAAGCAAUCUGCCCUUAGAGUCACCAGGCGUGCCCUGCGCGCGGUAUUUUCCGAUACUUGGGGCGACGAUGCCAUCAAACAAUCCGUUCAGCGUUUGACUAGCAAUGCGACCACCGGACAGAAGAAUGCGCCUUUCAUUGGCGUGAUCUCCGGGGUUUGCGCCCGCCUAACAAACAAGAAGACUGUUCUGGAAGGUGAGAAGAAGGCCAUCAUAGCCUACUACGUCAAGGAACUUGUUGGGGCUAAGUCGGCACCGCCUGCACAUAUUGCCACUGGCAUGUCCGACUUCUUCGAGUCGUUCGUCAUGGAGGGCGAUCUGACGUCGGAGCUCCUACCACCUCUCGAAAAGGCAAUUUUGCGGUCUCCGGAGGUGGUUUUUGGUGGGCUGGUACCUUCGCUUUUCUCAUCUCUCCCGGAAGAAAUCGACCUUUCCGAGAUAUUACAUUCUCGGUUGUUGAAGCACUUGCUGUCUAGCAUGAAAUCGAACAAUUCCGCCAUUAGACAGGGUGCUUUGCAGUCAUUUGAGUCACUCAUCUCCAAGUCAAAGACCGAAGGUGUACUUCUCAAGAUCACUGGCGAGGUUAUUAGUCCAUUAAAAACCCAGAAGAUCACGAGCCCGGAACAACGUGCCAUUUACGCUCAAGCUCUCUCAGCGGUUUCUCCUACAUCUGAGAUCUCCAGAGAUAUUGUACAAGGAUUUGUACCAGUCUUUUCUCGCGAGUCCAAUGAGCCUGCCCUCGAACAGGAGAUCAAGGCAUUUUCUAAGCACCUUACACAUCUCAUCCAAUCAAAGGUGAAGCUCAGCGACGAAGUUGUUAGUGCCAUCGUUAAAGGAUCGGCGGAAAAGAAGAUCCCAUUCCGGAAACUAUGGCAGCUCAAUAUCGGGCAAGCUAUCUGGCAAGCUGAACCCACAACCCUGGCAAGCCCUGAGAUCGAGCCUUUCGUGACAAAGUUUUUGGCCAAAUUGAAGGAAAUUUUCAAAGAGGUGUCAUCAAACCCAUUGCCAUCGGCGCAGAGCGGAGCCCUUUUCACAGCCUACGUAUACCUUGCGCUCUCUGGGCAAUUAUCUGCAUUAGAGAACUUUGACAAGGCGGCCUGGGAAGACACCGUCGGCCAGUCCAUGGUGCUUCAACCAAAGCCAUCAUUCCUGCUGAAUCCCAAGGCUUAUUCCAAGUUGGCUUCUCAAGAAGAAGUACAGUGGGCUGUUAGGAGUCUUGUUGCUGUCCCUUCUACGGCGAAGUUUGACGGUGCCGAAGCGCAGGCCAAGGUUGCAUGGGGCGAAGCCUUCAUUUAUGCUAUCACAGGGCCCGGAGUUCACUCUGGUUUCCGAAAUGAAUCUGCUCAUGCUUUAUCUAGCGUGCAUAAGACAAACAUAGCUACGAUUGGGCGCGUUGUCACAGAUGCUCUUUGGACUUGGACUUUGGCUUUAAGGACAGGAGAGAAGGAGUCUGCUCCAUUCUCUGCGGGCCCUGAGAGCCAAAGGUUUCUCCAUCUGGUUGCAAAAGCAAUCUGCCCAGCGACGUCUAGUCCAGAGCCUCCUAAUCAGGCUGAAAUGAAGGGACAAUUGAUCAACCUGCUUCUCCUCGCUCGUCCUCAAUUGAUCACAAAUGUUUCUUGGAUCGACCUCUGCCUGAGAACAGGAACAGAUCCGGGUGACCUUGUUCGCGAAUUUCCUGAUGAUUGCAUGAGUCAAUUGAUUCGCGUGCAAGAUGAUCCAGUCCAGUCUAAAGUGCCACAGGUCGAUGAUGCUAUAUGGGCUGCAGCUGGGGACUUGGCGUUUGUUGCCCCCGAUGCUAUGGUCCCCAAACUUGUCAACCAGAUAAAGGAGGAUUUGAACGUUUCACGUGUAUCCAAUAUUACACCUACCGAUGCUGCUAUUGCCAGAACCCCCGAAGGCACCAUGUUUGUAGACGUACUGAGCACAAAGUCGAAGCAAGCCUUUGAUAAAAACACUAAGGACUAUGAUAUCCUCAAGUGGGAGGAGGAGAUGCGAGCACACUUGGCUCAGAAAAAGGGCGAAAAGCCAAAGAAACUUACUGCAGACGAGCAAGGCAAGGUUAAAGCUCAGCUCGCAAAGGAAGCAAAAAUCCGCAAAGAUGUUUUGCGUGAAGUGAAAAGAAUCGAACGAGGCUGCGGAAUCAUCCAGGGUCUUGCUGCCGGGCCUGCCGUUGACGCAGACGAUUGGAUCAACCCAGCAGUCGCCUCGUUAUUGGCUCUUUCAAAAGCAGGAGCAGGCUUAUUCUCGGGUGAUGUGGUUUCGAAAGCCUAUAUCAAGUGUUCUGACAAGUUGUCGACGCGCCUUGGCCCUCUACGACCAUUUGUGGGUGUUGCGACGCUUCGGGCUAUAGGCAAGGGCUCCUUGCCUGCGGAGAUGGAAGUGGAGCCCCUUGGACAACUAAUAACAAGAAUCCUCUAUCGAUUGCGCUUUGCAUCCGAACAGCGCCCCCUUGAUAACUCUUCUCUGGCUUACGCACUGCCACUCUUAUUCACAAUCCUCGUCCAAAACGGCGUUGAUGAAGAAAAGGGUGAUGUGGAGGGUGAGCAGGUUCUGCUUGCUCUUGAAAUCUUGUCUUUCCACUCAAGCUCAUUCACCGACAAUCGUCUCCCCCGAGUAGAGGUUCUUGACCAGUUGAUCACAUCUAUGCUGAAGUAUACUCAACACUACAAGCUUAUUAAAGACAGCCUGUUCGAUGUUAGCAGAUGCAUCGCACCGAAUAUCAGUGAAAAGGAGUUAAACGUACUCCUCAAAGGCACUAUCGUCUCGGAUUCGUCUGUGCGGUUAUCAGUCCUGCAAGCCAUCGAGGCUGAGAUUGAUCUAACUGAUCUGGACUUUUCCGAACACAUCUGGCUCGAAUGCCACGAUUAUGUAGAAGAAAACGCAGAAGUUGCCGAGAACAUCUGGGAAGAGAAUGCCCUGGAAGUUGACGAGAGUGCCUACGAAAAGCUUAUUCCCUACCUCAACUCCCAGGACCCGAAUCUCCGAGGAGCCGCUGCACGGGCGUUAGCCCAUGCAAUUGAAUCGAACCAAUUGGUGUUCGGGGACAUUGUAUCCCAACUCCAGUCAAAGUACGAAUUCGAGAUCCGACCCAAGGAGCCAGAGAAGGACAAGUAUGGGAUGCCCAAGAAGGCCGAGGUAGCAGACCAUUGGGAACCACGUAGCGGCAUUGCUCUUGCCUUUGAAGCCAUGCAAAAUUCCUUCGAAGGGGAGCAAAUUGUCUCAUUCCUCCGGUUCUUGAUUGAAAGAGGCCCUCUUAUUGACAAGAGCGGUGUGGUAAGGGAUCAGAUGGCCAACAGCGGAAAGGCCGUCAUUGCCACACGUGGUCAAGAGAAGGUGGAAGAACUGAUGAAGCUUCUGGAGACAACGCUAGAGACUUCGGACAAGGGUAGCGAGACAUCUGAUCUUCUUAACGAAGCAGUUGUUGUUCUUUACGGAUCUCUGGCACAACAUCUCAAGUCCGAUGACCCUCGCUUGCAAACAGUUGUCACGAGGCUUCUCGCCACCCUUCCUACACCAUCCGAGUCUGUCCAGUCUGCUGUUUCUGAGUGUCUCCCACCUUUGAUCCGACUCGCUGGGCCUAAGAGCGGACAGUAUGCCCAAGAAAUGCUUGACCAGAUUCUGCAAACGAAGCAAUAUGCCACUCAACGUGGUGCGGCCUAUGGGUUGGCAGGAAUAGUGAAGGGCCGGGGAAUUUCCACCCUGCGCGAGUUCCGAGUCAUGCCCCAUCUCCAGGAUGCCGCGGAGAACAAGAAAGAGCCGCACCAGAGACAGGGUGCUCUGUUAGCGUACGAGUUGUUUGCAAUGAUACUUGGGCGAACGUUCGAACCCUACGUUAUUCAAGUCGUCCCACAGCUUCUUGCUAGCUUCGGAGAUCCAAACGCAGAUGUUCGCGAUGCGUGUCUAUACACAGCAAAGGCCUGUUUCUCGAAUCUCAGCUCUUACGGCGUCAAGCAAAUCCUUCCCACACUUCUCGAUGGUCUCGAUGAUACGCAGUGGCGUAGCCAAAAGGGAGCCUGUGACUUGCUAGGAGCAAUGGCCUAUUUAGACCCUCAACAGCUGGCUGUAAGCCUGCCUGAAAUAAUUCCUCCGCUAACUGUGGUGUUGAACGAUACCCAUAAGGAGGUACGCAAUGCUGCCAACCGCAGUCUUCAACGGUUCGGAGAAGUUAUCAGCAACCCCGAAGUGAAGUCGCUGGUUAAUGUGCUUCUGAAGGCACUGAGUGAUCCCACCAAAUUCACGGAUGAGGCACUCGAUGCCCUUAUCAAGGUUUCAUUUGUCCAUUAUCUGGAUGCUCCAUCCCUGGCUCUGGUUGUUCGCAUUCUUGAACGUGGUUUGGGCGAUAGGUCAGCGACAAAGAGAAAAUCUGCUCAGAUUAUCGGCAGCUUGGCUCACCUUACUGAACGUAAGGACCUUAUUACUCACCUGCCUAUCAUUGUUUCCGGUCUUAACCUGGCUAUUGUCGACCCUGUGCCUACGACUCGCGCCACAGCAUCAAAGGCUCUUGGUUCGCUAAUUGAGAAACUUGGAGAGGAUGCUCUUCCCGAUCUCAUCCCCAACCUUAUGUCUACGCUCAAGUCGGACACCGGAGCUGGCGACCGCUUGGGAUCUGCUCAAGCUCUAUCGGAGGUUCUGGCGGGUCUGGGCACCACCAGGCUCGAGGAGACGCUACCAACUAUUCUGCAAAACGUCAGCAGUUCCAAGGCCACUGUCCGCGAAGGUUUCAUGACUCUCUUUAUUUUCUUGCCUGCCUGCUUUGGAAACAGCUUCGCAUCGUAUCUUUCCAGAAUUAUCCCGCCUAUCCUGGCUGGUUUGGCUGAUGAUGUUGAUUCGAUUCGUGAGACUUCGCUCCGCGCAGGUCGCUUGCUGGUCAAGAACUUCUCUUCUAAGGCCAUUGAUCUCCUUCUUCCUGAGCUUGAGCGCGGUCUUGCCGAUGAUAGUUACCGUAUCAGGUUGAGCUCCGUUGAGUUGGUCGGUGAUCUACUCUUCAGUAUCACGGGUAUCUCGGGCAAGACCGAGGCCGAAGAAGAAGAGGAAGAAGCUGCACAGGCUGGACAGUCGUUGCUCGAAGUUCUUGGAGAGGAGAGGAGGGACAAGGUCUUAUCCUCCUUGUUCAUCUGCCGUUGCGAUACUUCUGGUCUGGUCAAGACUGCGGCUAUGGGUGUCUGGAAGUCGCUUGUCGCGUCUCCAAGAACACUUAAGGAUAUGGUUCCCACCUUGUCACAGCUCAUCAUUCGGCGCCUUGGCUCUUCCAAUAUGGAACACAAGGUUAUUGCCAGCAAUGCCCUGGGAGAUCUUAUCAAGAAAGCUGGAGAGUCUGUCCUCGCGACUUUGCUGCCUUCUCUCGAGGAUGGCCUCCAAACCUCACCAGACGUGGAUGUCAAGCAAGGUAUCUGUAUCGCGCUCAAGGAAAUCAUCACCUCUUCCUCACCAGAUGCCCUUGAGGAUUAUGAAAAGAUUCUCAUUUCCAUUGUUCGGGUGGCACUGGUUGAUCACGAUGAAGAUGUCCGAGAAGCAGCAGCCGAUGCCUUCGAUUCCCUGCAGCAAAUCCUGGGCAAGAGGGCCGUGGACCAGGUUCUACCCCAUCUCCUUCUCUUGUUGAGAAAUGACGAAGACGCGGAGCAAGCACUGUCGGCAUUAUUGACCCUCCUCACGGAGCAAACACGCGCUAACAUUAUCCUACCAAAUCUCAUCCCGACUCUACUUACAUCUCCCGUUUCAACGUUUAACGCCAGAGCUCUGGCGUCUCUAGCGGAAGUCGCAAGUUCUGCAAUGGCUCGCCGCCUGCCCACUAUUCUGAACACGCUGUUGGAUAACAUCAUCUCGUGCAAGGACGAUGAGCAGCGCGAAGAGCUCGAUAACGCAUUCAGCACCAUUUUGGUUUCCGUGGACGAGUUCGAUGGCCUUAAUGUUAUGAUGAGCGUGAUGUUGGCCAUGAUCAAGCACGACGAUGAGCGUCGUCGUACCUAUGCCGCCGAUCAUCUCAAGAAGUUCUUCUCCGAUGCCGACGUUGAUUUCUCCAGAUACUACCAGGACCUCAUUCGUGUCUUGUUGAUUUCAUUCGAUGACACUGACAAGGGUGUUGUCAAAGCUGCCUGGGGGGCCCUUAGCGGACUUACUUCACAUCUGCGCAAGGAAGAAAUGGAGGUUUUGGCCGUACCCACUAGACAAAUUCUCAAGGGCGUUGGAGUUCCUGGAGCCGACCUCCCCGGUUUUAGCCUGCCGAAGGGCAUCACUGCCAUUCUGCCGAUCUUCCUGCAGGGACUUCUGAACGGUAGUAUCGAACAGCGUACUCAAUCCUCUCUUGCGAUUGCGGAUCUUAUCGACCGUACAGCAGCGGAUUCAUUGAAGCCAUUUGUAACUCAAAUCACUGGUCCACUCAUCCGUGUCGUGUCUGAGCGCUCAGUGGAUCUCAAAUGUGCUAUCUUCUACACGCUCAAUAAACUUCUGCAAAAGAUCCCUCUGGCCGUCAAGCCCUUCCUGCCGCAGCUUCAAAGAACGUUUGCUCGUGGUUUGGCCGACCAGACUAGCGAGACUUUGCGCAACAGGGCUGCCAAGGGUCUUGGAAUCCUCAUCACCCUGACACCACGGAUUGACCCACUGAUUGCAGAACUUAUUACGGGCACCAAGACUGCCGACGUUGGGGUGCGUAAUGCAAUGAUGAAGGCUCUACAAGAGGUAGUAGGCAAGGCUGGCGCAAACAUGAGCGAGGCUUCCAAGAAUUCCCUUCUUGCUCUGAUCGACGAUGAUGCCAGCGACCAGACAGAUGCCGUGGCCAUCACAAAUGCGAAGUUACUUGGGUCACUCGCCAGGGUUCUUCCUCCAGCUACUGCUGGACCACUUAUCAAGAGCCGUGUCCUCACGACAAAUUUCUCACACGCGUCAAUUCUAGGAUUGAACGCUCUACUUGUUGAAUCUCCGUCGUCUCUGACUGAUCAGUUCGCAGCGGAGACCCAGAAUUUGAUCUGCCAGGGCGUGACGCAUAAGGAUCCCUUUAUCUCCGACAACUGUGUACUUGCCGCUGGAAAGUACCUCCUACUUGAGGAGCAACAUAGUUUCGAAAGCAACAAGGCUAUUUUCGAGGCGUUGGCACCCUGCAUUCAGCCAGGCACACCAUCCGACACCCGACGACUGGCGCUUGUAGUGAUCCGAACAGUCGGUCGACUUCACCCAGAGCUGGCACGUCCUCAUUUGGCACUUCUUGCACCAGCAAUAUUUGCAGGCGUUCGCGAUAUGGUUAUCCCCGUCAAGCUGGCUGCAGAAGCCGCCUUCCUAUCCAUAUUCUCCGUCGUGGACUCGGACACUGCGGUCUUCGACAAGUACAUGGCUGGACCGGGUGCAGAACUGCCACCUGGGCCCAAGCGCAGUAUGUCUGAUUACUUCAAGCGAGUUGCGCUCCGCCUUGCGACGCAGGCACGUGAAAGAAGGGAGGCCGAAGGUGGACAGGGCGGCCUUGGUCUAUCCAACGACGAAAUGGACGAUGAGAAGGAGCUGUGGAGCAUUGGAAAGGUCGAGUUCGAGGAGGGUUCGUUUGGGGACGAGUGA